AUGGUUGCAACGAAAGUGUACCUUUUUGCUUGCUUCUUGGUAUUGGUGACUGGGAUUUAUUUUCAUCGGGUGCCACCGCCACGGGAUCUUAAUCAUCAGGAUAUUUAUGAUUCUUUUCAAGGGGUGUUCCCGGAUGCUGAGGAUUAUGAUCAUUUCUAUUUGGUCCUUCAGUGGCCUCCCACAUUCUGCAAUCUUGCUCCGAACAAGUGUCACAAAAACGCGACGAAGUUCACUUAUUUCACUAUUCAUGGGCUUUGGCCACAGAAAAAGAAUGGAGGCGGCAUCAUUUGCACAAGUGGACCUGCAUUUGAUUAUGACAAGCUGGCAAGAGAGAAGAAGCUGAUUGAACGUAUGAAGAAAUUUUGGCCAAACCUUAGAGGGAAAGACGAACAAUUUUGGGGGGAUGAAUGGAAUAAGCAUGGGAGGUGCAUAGGGUUGGAGCAAAACGAUUACUUUAAUAGAGCUGCUAACGUUUACGCCAAUGAGAACAUUUCCAGUCUAGUUGAAGAGUUGGAAAAACAUGAGAUUCAUGAAGGAAAAUCAUACCGGAUUGAACAGUACAAGGAAGCCAUUAAAAGUAGUAGGUUAAACGUGACACCGAAUUUCCAAUGCAACGAACAUGGACAAGUACAACAACUACUUGAAGUAAAGCUUUGCGUAUGCAAAAAAGGGACAAAAUUUCAGGAUUGCACUUACAAAGUGGGCCAAUGCAGUACUACCUCUCUUAUCCGAUUUCCUCAUGAGUGGAACAAAAUUACACACAGGCCAGAUGCAGAUGCAGUGGAAGAAAAUUUCAGAAUUGCACUUUCAGCUCCCUGAUGACGCCCGCCAGCGGCCGGCAUUUUCUUUAAUAAAAUAAAAUCUUAUCCUGCUAGCAUUUAUGCGUCCCCACAUUA